AUGCUGCGUGUGAACAACGUGGAGAUCCCCAACUCCAAGCGCAUUGAGAUUUCGCUGCAGUACAUCUAUGGCAUUGGCUCCACCACCGCCCAGGGCAUCCUGCGCGACACGGGCGUGGAGAACAAGAAGACGUACGAGCUGAACGAGGAGGACAUCAACAAGCUGCGCGAGGAGGUGGCCAAGUACACCACGGAGUCUGACCUGCGCCGCAUCGUGUCCCAGAACAUCAAGCGGCUGAAAGACAUCGGCUGCUACCGCGGGCGCAGGCACAUUGCGGGCCUCCCGGUGCGCGGCCAGAACACUAAGAACAACGCCCGCACGCGCAAGGGGAAGCCGAAGACGGUGGCUGGCAAGAAGAAGUAA